ACACAUUCUUUCUUAUAUAUUAUCAAUUAGUAACUUAAUUCAUUUUUCAAAUAAGCUCUUCUUCUACGUGUAAGGGCAUCCUUCUUGAAGCUAUGGACCCAAUUUCAGACCCACCAUUUGAAGAAGCAUACAAGAUCCUCUUGAACAAGACACAAAACAAUUCUAAUGAUUUCCACCACGGCGAAAAAAAACUCGCGGCGGUGGAAGAAUGCGAGCUUCCGAUGAUCGAUUUGAGCCAUUUAGAAGAGAAGAAUGAAGCAAUAAGAGAAAAAUGCAAGUUUGAGAUAGCUAGGGCUUCACAAGAAUGGGGUUUUUUCCAAGUUAUAAACCAUGGAAUUCCAAAGGACAUAUUUAAUAGGUUGAAAAGUGAACAAGAGAAAGUGUUUAAGCUUCCAUUUGAUAAAAAGACGAAAGAGGACAAGUUCUUGCAAUUUUCAUCUGGUAGUUAUCGUUGGGGAACACCUUCUGCCACAUGUGUUGGACAGUUAUCUUGGUCUGAGGCAUUUCAUAUCCCUUUAAAGGAUGUUUUAGGAACCACUACUCAAACAAAUACACUUAGAUACGCAAUUGAACAAUUUGCUACCAUAGCAUCCAAUCUUGCGCAAACACUGGCUCAUAUUCUUGCUGAACAAAUGAGUUAUGAGUCAACUUUUUUCAAAGAGAAUUGCUUGCCAAAUACUUGUUAUCUUCGACUGAAUCGAUAUCCUCCAUGUCCUAUAGCUUCUGAGAUUCAUGGUUUAAUGCCACACACUGAUAGUGAUUUUCUCACCAUAUUAUACCAAGAUCAAGUUGGAGGAUUGCAAUUAGUGAAAGACAAGAAAUGGAUUGCUGUUAAACCAAACCCUAGCGCUCUUAUAAUCAACAUCGGCGACUUAUUUCAGGCAUGGAGUAAUGGAGUUUACAAGAGUGUUGAGCAUAGAGUUGUUACAAACCCAAAAGUUGAAAGAUUUUCUAUGGCAUAUUUCUUGUGCCCUUCAAAUGAGACAGUGAUAGAGAGUUGUAGGAAGCCAUCUCUAUACAAAAAAUUUAGCUUUGAGGAAUAUAGACAACAGGUUCGAAAUGAUGUUCAAAAUUUGGGUUCCAAAAUAGGCCUACCUAGGUUUCUUCUAUUUUAAUAUAUUUUUCUUUAUCCAAUCUUGAAAUAAAAAAGAUUGUUCUACUCUAGUAUUUACUAUGAAUGUACUUUAUAAUAUUAAAAUAAGGGUUGUGUAUUCAAAUUCUGCAAGUUUAAACAAAAAAUUGUUU